CGCUCUCCGCCCAUGCGCAUUGGCUGCUGCCUGGGCAAUUUGUCAGUACUCGUGAGAGAAUUUGGAGUUCAGCAGUACCCUCAGCAUGAUGGAAGAGUUAGCAAGUGGAGGUGCCCAGGAAUUUGAUGUCUAUGGUGCCAUGGACUGGAAAGAUGGAGUUGGGACUCUUCCAGGCAGUGAGCUGAAAUUCCGAGUGAAUGAGUUUGCCAUCUUGGAGGUGAUUACUGAUGAAGCUGAAGUGGAAAGUGGAAAAAAGGCUCAUGCCACAACAACAUGGGCAGUGCCCACUGCACAAGAAGCUUUUUCAGAAACCCAAGCAACUAAAGAAGAGGAUACAACAACCACUAAGGGAGAUCUUUGUUGUGAGCACUGUCAUGAGUGUGGCCCUCCACAGGAUUUUCUUGGUGGUGGAAAAUUUUGUAGUGCAAAGUGUAUGACGUUGGUGCAAGACAUUUCUAGAAAACAAAAGCUGAAGAAAGAAGCACCAAAAUCCAGUGAUGAGGAUGUCUCGAAAUGCAUCCGAAAAAGAAAAAACAAAGCGUCUGAGAACAUGAAAGAACAGCAAAAAGAGAACAGAGACGAGGUCGGAGAAGAGGAAGAUGACCCUUACGAAAAACCAGACAGGAAAAUACAGAAAGGACCUCAAAGGACUCGCAGAAAAAGAAGAGGGGAUGCAGCCCUCCUGAAGCAAACAAUGCCUUAUGGGGGGAAGAAGAAAUCAUGGAGUUGGGCAUCAUAUCUGGAACAGGAAAAAGCAGUUGCUGCACCGAGCAAACUAUUUAAAGAGCACCAGUCAUUUCCGCAAAGCAAAACUGGAUUCAAAGUAGGAAUGAAAUUGGAAGGAGUGGACCCUGAACACCCUUCAAUGUACUGUGUUCUUACUGUUGCUGAGGUAUUGGGCCACAGAAUAAGACUCCAUUUUGACAAUUAUUCAGAUUGCUAUGACUUUUGGUUAAAUGCAAACUCUGCAGAUAUCCAUCCAGUAAGCUGGUGUGAAAAAACUGGACACAAACUUCACCCACCGAAAGGGGUCAAAGAAGGUGAAUUUAACUGGCAGUCAUACCUCAAGCUAUGCAAGGCUCAGGCAGCACCCAAAUCUCUGUUUGAAAACCGAAACACAACUGUUACCCCUUCAGGUUUUCGGAUAGGAAUGAAGUUCGAAGCAGUUGACAAGAAGAACCCUGCUUUUAUCUGUGUUGCCACAGUAACUGACAUGGUCGACAGUCGCUUUCUGGUGCACUUUGAUAAUUGGGAUGAGAGCUACGACUACUGGUGUGAUGCAACAAGUCCCUAUAUUCACCCAGUUGGCUGGUGUAGAGAACAUGGCAAAGUCCUCACCACUCCUCCAGAUUAUCCAAAUGUUAAACAGUUUAGCUGGGAAACAUAUUUGGAAGAAACCAGUACAUUACCAGCCCCUGCAAGAGCUUUUAAAACGCAACCACCUCAUGGUUUUCAGAAAAAUAUGAAGUUAGAAGCUGUUGACAAAAGGAACCCUGCGCUUAUUAGAGUUGUGACAAUCGUAGAUACAGAUGAUCACAGAAUGAAGAUCCAUUUUGAUGGCUGGUGUGAUGAGUAUGAUUACUGGGUUGAUACAGAUAGCCCUGAUAUUCACCCAGCUGGCUGGUGUGCUAAAGUAGGCCAUCCCCUUCAGCCACCUAUCAGUCCACAGGAUAUGUUUGAAGCCUCAGAACAAGGAGGAUGUCCUACUCCAGGAUGUAAAGGGGUUGGACACAUAAAAGGAGCCAGAUACUCAGGUCACCACAGUGCUGUUGGCUGCCCUUAUUCUGACAUCAAUAUCAACAAGGAGACUGUGCUUCCAGACCGCCUCAGUGGAGAAAUGCCUCUGUCCAGUCCAGCCAUGCCAAAGAACAAAAAAAGAGACGUAAACAGUGUACCAACACCCCCCUUACUUGAAAAACACUCAAAUCCAAAUAACUGCAGACAUCCUUUAGCUGCCAAUCGCUCUGCGGAGAGUUCUGGAACAGAAAAGAUUCCUGCAGAGGAAAUAGACAGCGAGCCACCACACAAGAAACCUCUCCUAUGUAAUAACAAGGGAAAGAAACACAACAGAGUUGGACGUCCCUGUAAACAAUGGAAAGUAGAGGAGUUGGAGAAAGAGGAGGAGAUGGAUAGUGAGGUGUUUUCAGUUACUGAAACCAAAGAAACAGAAGAACUCACCUUGCAGCAAGCCCUGCACCAGUCAGUGUUCAUGCCUUCCUCGUCUCCAUUACCCAGUCUACCUCUGUGCUGGGAGCAACACAGCAAACUCCUCCCCAGUGUGCAGGGUAUAACUGCCAGCAAAGUGGCCCAAUGGACUGUACAAGAGGUUUCAGAAUUUAUCCAGGGUUUACCAGGGUGCAAUGAGCAAGUCAUAACAUUCCGAGAGCAGCAAAUUGACGGAGAGGCAUUUCUGCUGCUCACCCAGGUGGAUCUUGUGAAGAUAAUGAGUAUUAAACUGGGACCUGCCUUGAAAAUCUACAAUUCCAUUCUGAUGUUCAAAACUGCAGAGAACUCCUACAAUGAACUGUAAGCACUUGAGAGGGGAGGAGGACAGACAUGUUUGCACUUAAGCUCAAAUAAAGCUGUUGUUUAAAUCCAAGCACAAAUGUUCACACAGCGUGAAUGACCAAGAUGGACCAGUAAAGUUCUGACAGAGAUUCAAUAAUGUGCCUCAUGCCUAGUGCAGUGUUCCAUGGCUGGAACGUCUCCAAGACGCACUGAGUAUCUGGGAUGGUCAGUGUCAGCUACACUAAAAUGCAUUAGUUUUGCCCCCUUUCUGCUUACUCUGGUUAGCAACCUGAAUUUCUUAUGGUGCCCUUGCGCUACACAACAAAUUUCACUGCCUCAUGAUUGUAUUAUACUACUUCUUGUUGAACCUCCCUCCUUUUUUAAAAAUCAACUUCAGAAUGUGUUUUGUUUACAGGAAAAUUCCAUACCAUAAUAAAAAGUUACUUGUGAUUUAAGUAGUUGAAAUUAGAACCUAAAACAAACCCCCCUCUGCAAUUAACUAGUCUGCUCAUAAUGGUUUUAAAUCAGUGAAAACCAAAGUUAUUUAUCAGUUUAUUUCAGUACUAAUUUUCAAACAACUUGUUAAAAGCAACCAUAAAAUGUAAUAUUACAUUGUUUUUAUUAUUUAAAACAAUCAGAAGUUUCAAACUGUGUUGUUUGUAUUUCAGUUGUUUAUUGUUAAAGCUUGUGCUUUUACAGUAAAUAAAGUUUUCCUGUUAUGAAAGUAUCCUUUUACUGAGCAUGUUAGGAAAAGAUUCCUGCUCAGGAGUCUGAGAGUAGUAUUUUCACAGCUGGAAGGACGAUUUAAUUGAAUACAUCCAUGGAAAUUGGAUAAUGCAUGUGUGACAGGAUAGCGUCAUGGCCAAGCUGUUACCGGCAGGAAGAGAGACUCGGAGAAACAGAAAGCUGCAGUUU